UAACAAUGUGGGCCACGUUUGAGGCCUCGAAAAAAGUUCAGAAUCACCCGCCCUUCUCGUCAAACGCGGCGGAGGGAGAGAGGCCGAGAGAGGGGGGGCUUUCUUUAGGAAGAAGAACAGAUACUACCUGUAGUAAAAAUAUAGAUGGUUUUUUUCCCUUGGUGGUCGAAGAGGAUUACUCCGAGACGCUGAAAGAGGAGAAGAUGGCGGCUCUGUUAAUAUCUUCUGGAGAAUCUGCAUCAUCUCACAUUUUUCUUCUUCGAUUAUUUGACCGAACCGUUGACACCAUCAAGCAAAAUGCUGCUCAGAUAUUCAGUAACAUCUUCUUUCGUGAACCGAUUGUAGAUCCAAACACAAGGCAUGGUGGUAGCUACUCCAUCGAUAAUCUCAUGGAAGCUCUUAGUCAUCGAUGCCAGUUAAGAACUCAAGAUUGGUUUCAGAAUAAACGGGAAGACAAUGGUGAAGGUGAUCCACAAUUUGUUUUCAAUGUUUUGGAUGCAAUGCUUAAGGGUAAUUUGGAGCGCUUGAAAUCAAUGAGGGAAGGUAUAUUGUCAGUGAAGGUAGACCUUACAGGAUACGUUGCAGAUGUUACUUACGUGAGACAUGCAGCUGUAAUUAGGGAGUUUUGUUUGGUGGGCAAGCUGGGGACAGCUCUUUGGCUUAGGAGAAAAAUGGUACAGAUAGGUUUUGUUCCUGAUGUGCUCACACACAAUUAUUUGGUGAAUGGAUUGUGUAAAACUGGGGAAUUGGAGAAGGCUGAUUGGAUUAUUAGGGAGAUGUUAGAAAUAGGUCCCUCUCCCAACUGUGCCACUUAUAACACAUUUAUAAAGGGUUAUUGUCUUAGAAAUGAUGUUGAUAAAGCUCUCUUUCUUUUCUCUACUAUGACUAAUAGUGGCAUCAGGCCAAAUAGGGUUACUUUAAACAUACUUGUGCAUGCGCUCUGCAAAAGCGGCCUAUUGGAUGAUGCCAAGAAACUUCUGAGAGAGAUAAUAGAUGAUAACGAAACAGCAAGAAUAGAUAUAAUUACCUCAACUAUACUUAUGGAUGGUUGUAUUAAGAAUGGAGAUAUGACUCAGGCCCUCGGUAUUUGGGAUGCUUUGUCCCAAAAGAAUGUGGAUGCUAUCUCAUACAAUGUCAUUAUCCAUGGGUUCUGUUUGAUUCAAGACUUGAAACUCGCAUAUAGCUAUUCUUGUGAAAUGCUCAAAAGGGGCUUACUUCCUGAUGUCUUUACAUAUAACACUCUUAUAUCUGGUCUUUGCCAAGCAGGAAAAAUUUAUGAGGCUUGUUACAUCCAUGAUGUAAUGUUAAGAAUGGGAGUUGCUCCUGACCACAUUUCGUACAAAAUGGUGAUUCAUGGCCUAUGUACCAAGGGAGAUGUUUUUAAGGCUAAUGAGUAUCUCAAUUUUAUGUUAAAGAAGUCGAUGGUACCGGAGCCUUUUGUUUGGAACCUUAUAAUUGGUAGUUACGGGAGAUGUGGUGAUCCUGAUAAUGCAUUUUCCAUCAGAGAUCAAAUGUUGUCUUUUGGUGUUGUGCCAAAUGUGUUUACCUACAAUGCAUUGAUUCAUGCACAAGUAAAAGUAGGAAAUGUUGUCGCUGCAUAUUAUCUCAAAAAGGAGAUGGAUUGUCAUGGUCUUUUCCUUGAUGUGGUUACUUAUAAUCUUUUAAUCAGCGCAGCUUGUAAUGCAGGACAGAUUAGUGUUGCAACUCGCUUCUAUAAUGAGAUGCUGAAAACUGGAUGUGAACCAGAUCUAAUAACUUACACUGAGCUUAUUGGAGGUUUUUGUAAGAGUGGUAACAUGAAGGAGGCAGAGGAACUCCUUUCCAAGUUACAGAAUUCUGGUCUUACAGUUGAUCAUGUUCCAUUUCAGAUACUUAUCAAGAAGUACUGCACAAUGAGGGAGACUGAUAUGGCAUUUGAUCUCUAUAAAAAGUGGUUGACACUGAAAAGAAGAGCUUUUCAUUGAGAAAUAGUUAUGCUUGGGAAGAGAAAAUUGUUGGUUUUUGGAUAUUGGAGUAUAAUUUUGCUUUCAAGUCGAAGACCUUGUAGCUGUUCUGAAAAUUUAUUGAUUAUGGCUGCUCUGUUUGUGGGAACUUCAUACCUGCAUGUGAUUUUCUGGAGGAUUAGUAAGGACUGAAGCUUUGAGAUUGCUAUAUCAGUUGGAGAUCAGUAGGCUUGUUGAGUGUGUCAACAAGGAUGAGAACUUCAUAUACAAGCAGCUGCAGUUACAUGCUCUAAGAAAUGAAUUGCAUUCUGUAUCAAAUGUCAGCCACUGUUUCUGAGAAGCUCAACUGAUUUGUAUUCAUGAGAACCAAUGCUCUAGUUGCUAUUGAGUUCAAGUAAUGAAAUCAUAAAAGCACCUUAUUCUACAAUUGUUUCAAUCCAUAAAACCAGAAGAAAGCUUCGGAAGGGCUCAAAUAGCAUCUUGGACUGAUCUAUUCAGCAUGCAUCUUGAAACUCCUAUCUUGUAUUCAUGAAAGAGGAUUGGUUUUGGGUCUUUUCACAAGCAGCCUUGCACAGGAGGGUUCGUCUAUUAUGCUUUCCUGUAGGCUAUAAGAGCAAUCAUAUUGGAUAGAGACAAAAGAAAACCUAAGUUUAUUUAACAUUGAACUUGUGCAAAUAGUGGAAGCCUUCAAUCUGGAGCUAGUCAGCCAUAAAAUGUUAGAUCAGUGUUUCUCUAGGGUUGAUAAAAAGAUGAGAGGCAAUUCCUCAACGUGUCAGAUCUGCCUUAUUAGCAAGGUGUUUAUUUCUUUUUGUUUGUCUCUGUCUAGAUGACCUGGAAAGGGGAUGGAAAAAUCAUGUUAUAAAACAAGAAGCAAACUGAGAAAACGCUGUAGAAAGAAGAGGAUCGAUAAAUAAAAUAUUGAAAUACAUUGUCAGAGUCAUUUACAGUCAAUUGGAUGGAAGGACUGAUGGUUCUUUCCAGGAGUAAUCAUCCAACAAAUGUAAGUUCAUGCAUGAAAACAUAACGCAGAAAGAACCUUUGGCCCUCAAGAAGGGAACCUUUCUUUAUGAAGGUCUAUAAAUAAAGGUCUUCAACGUUGUUGUAGUUUGAUGGAUUCUCCAUGCGUAAGUAUGCCCCGUUUGAUAAACGUAAGCCCAUAAUUAGCUAGAACUGCUAUUUUCCAGUGUGAUUAUGAUAUAUAUCACAAAUUUCUGGUCAGAGAAAUGAGAUGUUUUGUUUUUCCAA